UCAUGUGAACCAACAUAUUUUCUCUAAAUUCAUUAUUCAUUCAUUGACACACAGUCAAUGUAUUCGGAUUGUUUAUUAUGAAUUAGAAGAAAAAAUUAUUUGAAUCAAGAACAUUGAUCACAUAAGAAGUGGAGAAAAGGAAAAUUCGAAAACUUUUUAAGAUUUAUCACAAAAUAUUAUCCUUCAAAGGUGAGUUUUCUUCCAUUCUUGGAUAUGAAGGUAUCUGGUUUCUGCGGAUUAGUGCAAAAUGUUGAGUCUAAGCUAAGUUCAUGGUGGAGAUAAAAUUGCCAUAGUUCUUGUAUGGAAGGAAGGUUCCAAUUUUAUUUAAGAAGCUGUGUCUCUGGUUACAAGUGACAACUUCAAUUGAAGGACCAAACAAAGCAUUUAAUUUGAGUUGAGUGGUUGAGAAUGAUGAAACUCUAUAUACAGGUGUGAGGGAUGAUGGAGCAGAGUUUGGUGCACGGGACGCUUCAUGCAACCAUCUAUGAGGUUGAUGGGCUUUCCGCCGGAGGUCCCUGGAAUUUCAUUCAGAAGCUAAGCAAACGCAUCGUGGGGGCGCCUAUUUCCAAGAUAUAUGUGACAAUUGAUUUGGAAAAAGCUGGAGUUGGUCGAACCAGCAAGUUAGACAAUGAAGACUCAAAUCCCCGAUGGUACCAAAGUUUCCACAUUUACUGUGCCCACAAGGCUUCUCAUGUUGUAUUCUCUGUCAAACAAGAUAACCCUAUUGGGGCAACUGUUAUUGGACGAGCUCACUUACCAGUUGGGGAACUCUUGGAAGGAGAAGUGGAUAGAUGGCUUGAGCUCUUCCAUCAUGAUCACACUCCCAUCAAUGGAGGUUCUAAGUUACAUGUCAAACUACAAUUUGUUGAUGUUACUCGAGAAUUUAACUGGUCUCGAGGGAUUAGGAGCCCAAAAUUUCCAGGAGUUCCUUACACAUUCUUUCCUCAGAGAAAAGGCUGCAGAGUUUUACUUUACCAAGAUGCUCAUGUCCCAAAUAAAUUCAUCCCAAAAAUUCCCCUUUCUGGGGGCAAGUGUUAUGAGCCGCACCAGUGCUGGGAAGAUAUCUUUCAUGCCAUUUCUAAUGCAAAACACUUAGUUUACAUAACAGGCUGGUCUCUGUAUACUAAAACUACCUUGGUAAGGUACUCAAGGGGACAAAAGACAGGGGAACACGCGACCCUGGGAGAGCUUUUUAAGAAGAAGACCUUAACCCUGGGAGAGCUUCUGAAGAAGAAGGCCAGUGAAGGUGUAACGGUCCUAAUGCUUCUUUGGGAGGACAGGACUUCUGUUAAGUUACUAAGGAAGGAUGGGUUGAUGGCCACCCAUGGUGAAGACACCGGGAAAUAUUUCCAUGGCACUGGAGUCCAUUGUGUCUUAUGCCCCCGCAAUCCUGACAAUGGACUUAGCAUUGUUCAGGACAUAGAGAUAUCUACCAUGUUCACUCAUCAUCAGAAGAUUGUGGUGGUGGACAGUGAGAUGCCUACUGGAGGAUCAGAACAUAGGAGAAUUGUGAGUUUCAUUGGUGGCUUUGAUCUUUGUGAUGGGAGGUAUGAUACUCCCACGCAUUCCAUUUUCAGGACUCUAGACACAGUUCACCAUAAUGAUUUUCGUCAGGCCAAUUUUCCCAAUGCCUCAAUUAGUAAAGGUGGACCAAGAGAGCCCUGGCAUGAUAUUCACUGUCGGUUAGAAGGAGCAAUUGCAUGGGAUGUCUUGUUCAAUUUCGAGCAGAGGUGGAGGAAACAAGGUGGGAAGGAUCUGCUUGUUCAACUGAGAGAACUUGAUGACAUAAUCAUACCUCCAUCUCCAGUCAUGUUCCCCGAAGACCAUGAAACAUGGAAUGUUCAAUUGUUCCGAUCCAUUGAUGGUGGGGCUGCCUUUGGCUUUCCUGAUUCUCCUGAGGAUGCUGCGAGAGCAGGGCUUAUCUGUGGGAAUGACCAUAUCAUUGACAGGAGCAUUCAGGAUGCUUACAUCAAUGCCAUCCGACGAGCGAAAAAUUUCAUCUACAUUGAAAACCAAUAUUUUCUUGGAAGUUCCUUCUGCUGGAACUUGGAUGGCCUCAAAGUAGAGGACAUUGGCGCUUUGCAUCUCAUACCAAAGGAACUGUCGCUAAAGAUUGUCAGUAAGAUUGAAGCAGGGGAGAGGUUUUCCGUAUAUGUUGUGAUUCCAAUGUGGCCAGAGGGUGUCCCAGAGAGUUCAUGUGCUCAGGUAAUACUGAAUUGGCAGAAGAGAACUAUGGAGAUGAUGUAUAAUGAUAUAGCUCAGGCCCUCCAUUCCAAGGGGCUUCAGGCAAACCCCAAGGACUAUUUAGCAUUCUUUUGCCUUGGGAACCGAGAGAAGAAGAGACACGGAGAAUAUGAACCUCCAGAGAGUCCAGACCAUGACACAAAUUAUCACAGAGCUCAACAAUCCAGGCGGUUCAUGAUCUAUGUCCACGCUAAGAUGAUGAUCGUUGACGAUGAAUACAUAAUCACAGGAUCCGCCAACAUAAAUCAGAGGUCAAUGGAUGGUGCCAGGGAUUCAGAGAUUGCAAUGGGAGCCUACCAACCAUAUCACCUAGCUGCCAAGCAGCCUGCCAGGGGUCAAAUUCAUGGCUUCCGAAUGGCAUUAUGGUACGAGCACCUUGGCCUGCUUGACAACUCCUUCCUCCAACCAGAGAGCCUGGACUGUAUCCAAAAGGUGAACCAGAUGGCUGAGAGGAAUUGGAACCUCUAUACCUCCGAGAGAAUGGAUCAUGACCUGCCAGGACACCUGCUUAGCUACCCCAUUUGUGUUACGGAUAGUGGAGAGGUGACAGAAUUGCCUGGAUCAGAGUUCUUCCCUGACACCAAGGCUCCAGUUCUAGGGUCCAAAUCUGAGUACAUUCCUCCAAUGCUCACUACUUGACU